UGAUUUAAAUUCCUUAACUUUCAUGAGAUCCUGAGUUUUCCAUUGCUCUUCCUUUGUUUUCCAGUUUAAAAUGCUUUAUUAUCCUUACUCUGAAGCUCUAAAUUUUGUUUGUUCUUAUAAAUUGUAAUCCUUUUAGUAUCCUGAUUACAAAUUUCAUAACUUUCCUUAAUAUCCUGAUUCGGAAUUCCUUACUCUUUCCUUAUCCAUCUUAUCCAUCCUCAUCUCUCCUCCGAGUGAGUCAUUUUUAUGACUCAAAUGCUAGCAAAUUUAAAUAAGGAAAGAGAGAUAAAGGAGGGGAGGAGUUUGUUCACGUGAUACAAAAGGUGAUAGAAGACAAUUUACACAAGUAAAAAUGAACGUCAAGUUGCUGAAUGUCAGUCCAGUUCGAAGCGAUGAUUCAACCUACCUCACAAGUAGCUACGGUUCUGUAACCAACUCUUCGUACGAACAAGCGGAAAGCAAGGAAUGCUGCAAAGAGAAACCCGAAACUACUACUUUAACGUACCCAAAUCACGAAAAACAUCCAUGUUCGUGCGUAGAGAAAGGCAUGCAAUGCCACUGUUCAACUGUUCAAUCUUCUAUUCAAGAUAAACCUAAAAAAUCGAUCAAAUUCGAAUCUUGGGCCAAGUACAAAAGUAUUACUCUAGGGGUUCUCUUGGCACUUUUCUUCGUUUGGAUCGUGAUCUUUGCCUCUUUGAAAUCCAAAAUUAAGCUUUAACGUCUGUGCAAUAUGAAAUACCUUCGUGUACUCCUGUACCUCGUGCAAUACCCUUUCGUAAGAUACCUUAUAUACCAGAAGAAUCGUGUACUUUUGUUAAUAAUUGUAAGAUCCUGACUCGCGAUUAAAACCAAUUUUCAC